CCUCUUGUGCUGGAACAAACCUGCCUGGCUAAUGAGGUCUGACAGGACCAGGGUCAGGGUAAAAUUGUUGCUCUGGGAAGCAAAGCAGAACAAAACCACCAAGGCAAUCUAUUAUGAGUGUAGAUAUAGUAUGCAGAUCUGAACAAAUUCUGCUUGAAAGAAAUCCUCAAAAUCUAUUUCCUUAAAAGUGGCAGAUCUGUUGUUCAUGCUUUAACUGAACCCAGUGUUACAAAUCUGUGGAAGUAAUACUAGGAGGACCUAACUGUCCUGUAUGUGUGGGGCACCAAAGAAUGGGUUGAUGAGAAAUUAUUUUGGUUUGGACUGUCUACUUCCAAAAAUUGGAAACUUUAAUACUGUUGCUGACAUACUUCAACAUAGAGGAGACUUGUGUCCUGAGAAAGGCAACGUGUUCAUUAUUCCAUGACUAAUUUCACAUGGUUUUUUCUGUCGGCUAUAUCUACAGGAUUUUUCAGAACUUUCAGCUUCUGGCUAAAAGGAAUCAAUUUAACAUGGUGAGAGAUCUAGAUUUGUUGAGAAGCUUCAAGCUCCCUUCUAAAUAUGAAGGGCUGAGUGGAGAAUAGUUAAGAAAAAUCUUUAGGUAUUCAGUGUUUUCCUGUGACCCACGUAACAAAAAGUCAUGCUUUAAUGCAAAACCUGAAUUAAAUUCAGAAGAACAAAACAGAUUAUUUCAUUUUUAAAUGUUCUAAGUGUUUGUUUUUGUUGUGGCACACCAUUUUUGGAGCUGUCAACUGUGCAGGUCUGAUGCAAAAGCUGUGGAGGCUUCAGUAAAGUUAUAAUAAAGAGGUCCAGACUAAUCACUGGUACUGCAGUGCCCAGUGGCAUUGCCAAGUGUUUAAUCAAGAUGGGGGCAAUGGGGGGAUUUUCCUUUAACAAACUCCAAGAAUCCAGGGAAGCUUGCAGCUUUGCUCUGUGAAUGGAUGACCUAGCACAUGCUUUCUCUCUGUUCUGUGUACUUGUCUUCCUUUCUGCUUCUCUCAGGAUCAGCCAGCUUUACUGGCCAAGUGGUCAGCUAUGCUUCGGAGGAAGCGCCCAUUCCACCCAUCCAUCCAGGUCUUAGCACCCAGCCAGUUCCUCAUCACAGUUCCUCUGCGUGGCCUGACCGGUUACAGGGAAUGCCAGGUGCGGCACUGGCGCUAUUACACCGUGCAUGGAGCCAAGCUCCUCUCCUCCGUGCGGGACCCUGAGGAAUUGCAUCAGUGGCUGGAGGUGGAGCAGUUCUCAAAAAGCCUUCAGCAGUGGCAUGAAGAGGAUGUGAACAUCGAAGGUGAUCUGGUUCCAGCUAAAGUCCUUAUCGUCUUCCGGGAGCUGGUGGAGAAGUCGAUUGUCUCCUGUAACCUCUCCAGUAAAGUGACAGUACUGGAGAGCUUCAGCUCAGUGGUCCGGGUGGCUGUGGAGACAUCAGAAUCCCAGGUUGAGGUGGAGCUGGUCCCUGCUGUGGAGAUUCCAACGUGCUGGCCCGAGAAAGCCCGGUGGCCUCGUUGCCUUAAGCGUUGGCCUUCUCAGGAAAAAGUGCAAUGCAUCAAGUCGCUGGGUUUCGACCUCCUAGCCCGCUCUAAUUAUCACUGGCAGCUGUGCUUCUCCCGUGCUGAGCACAUCCUCAUGGAGGGACUUGAUGAAGACGGUGGUUGUCGCAGGAAGUGCUUCAGAGUCAUGAGGCAGAUGAAGGAGGAUGUCUGGUGUGCUGGGAAUAAGCCUGUCAUCACAGCUUAUCACCUUCAGACAGUGCUAUUCUGGACGUGUGAAAAAUACCCACGCACCAAGGAUUGGCGCUGCUUCCCUGAAGCCUUUCUGAGGCUGGUACAGAAGCUGCACAAGUGUGUAAGCCAGCACUUCCUCAAGCAUUACUUUCUCAAGAACACCAAUCUGCUCAAAUAUGCCAACACCAGUGACCUGGACCUGAUGGCCAGCAAGCUGGCAGUCUUCUUGGAGAACCCUGUUUUCUGCCUGGACUAAGACAGGCAAAGGUCUUGCCCCAAUCCCGAGUGGAUGCCCCAGCUCCUCUCCCCACCUGUGGUUGCUCCCCAUGUCCUUCCAGUAGAUGUUGCAGCUGGCUCUGUGAGACAGUUGGCACAUGCAGCGCUAAAGAGAAGUGUGGAGCUGGCAGCGGUGGGCGGUGAAAACUGAUGGGAGGUAUCACUUGAUGCCCAGCUGAUCUAAUUUGCUUUCAACAGUGACAGCCUGCCUGGAAGCUACAGCCAGUGAAACCCAACUUUGUGUGUCAGUCAGAGCAGGCAACUGCCUUGUUCUGUGUCUCCAGUCUUGUGGCACCUAAGCUGAAAGGCUGAAAGGAGUCUCGCUCUGCUGCCUCUGUAACCUAGCACAUGUAUUGUUGCUGCAGUCGCCUUUCUCACAAGGACAGAGGGUUUAAUUGCCUGCUUACCUCACAGGCCAGCUCUGCAAAGGGACAGAGGAGCAUUUACGAGGUGUUCUGGAAGCUGGAAGCUUUCUCAGAGGAAAUUCAAUUCAGUGAGAUCUUACUCCAGUAAGAAUAGGAAUCCAGUAGGAAUUUAACCAUGCUGCUAGUGUUAAAGAGCUCAGUGGAAGCAAGAAGAGGAACAGUGGGUUUUGCCUCUUCGUUUUUCUCUCCUCCACUUGCAUUUUUCUUCCAAUUGUUUCAAAUAUGUCUUUUUCAUGUUUGCCUUUGCCAGUUAUGUUAGUGCCAUACAAUCAGGGGGCUUUGACAGAGCAGAUUUCCCUCCCGUCCCGGGCUCUAUCCAGCAGACUGGACGAGGAGCAGGUCUUUCCCUAGUUGUUUACGCCAACAUAUUGUUGGUUGAAGUGCAGAAGGAGAGUAUUUUUCAAAGGCUCUUAGCUCCAAGACCCCCAGUGCUUUUAAUUUGUGGAUAUUUCAAAACAAAAUGGAUUUUAGUAUUUCAAAACAACAGAGCUUUAGAAUUAGUAUAAAGAAUGCUGGUUUUAAUGUUAUUAAAUCGCUGAAACUAAACCAAGAUAGGGAGGAUUUUGGGUUUGGUUUGGUGGGGUUUUUUGGUCACAUCUGUGCAGGAAAGUAAACAAGUUCUUUGCCAAGGGGGCUGGCAGAGAUGGGAUCUGCAUCCCACGCUCCAGGGAGCUGCAUGAGGCGCAUCCGUGGCGCGGCAUCUCCCCAUUGUGGCAGAUUGUGGUACAGCCACGGGUCUCCAGCACAGCCUCUGCCUCUGGAGCAGGCUGUCUUCUACAGUUUUUUGAGCAGAGCAUAUAUGGGUCAGGAAAGAUCCCAGCUGUGUGGUCCUGGUCUGGUCGUGGUCCUGUGUCUCCUGCAUCAGAUCUCACCAUGUACAGACCUGAUCCCACCAUGUAAACUGGCAGGCAUUGCUCCGAUCCUCGGAAUACCCUCCAGAUCGCCUUUCCACAUGGGUAACUGCAUUGUGUGGAGCUGUUUCAAACAGUUAACUGCUCUUGCUAAACCUUUGUUCUCCAGGCUCCCUAAAUGGGACACAAGUGUCAGUUUCAUGAUGACACCUCCUGUUCAAGUGUGGCUUUCCUGUGAGCUGAGCUGUUCCAGUAAAGCGCAGGGAGAUGCCAAUCUGCCAGGCAGAGUCAGACAGCUGUGGCAAUGAAGUAAUGUCUCCUGUUUCAUCUUGAUUUUGUCUUAUGGUUGAAGGGCUGGCUUCUGAAGUUAGAGGAGAGCAAAAACAAUUCAAACUGUUCAAGAACAGUGCAAAACAUUCAGAGCUGUUAAUCCCAAAUUUGAUAUUUGAUAUUUUACUGCUCUGAUGUAUUGUCCUUUUGGGAUUUAGUUGUGGCUGUUGAAGAAUUUAUCUCUUUAUAGCUGGGUGAAAAAAAAGUUUCGGUGGUGACAUCUUAACUUGGAUGCAACUGUGUAUCAGAGUCCUCAGCUCCUGAGGUUUACAGCCUGCUGUGUAGCAAAGCCAUGGGCAUGUACCACGGCCGUGACAUGGAAUGUUCUGCUGCUCUGCCAGAGUGGCAGCCUCUUACAGCCAGGAAUGACUCAGCAAAGCCAGAAAAUAACUACAGAACGGUGAACCCCUGCUUUGAGCCAAGUCUGAUCAGUUUUUACUCUAUUUUCUUCUUGUUUACACAAGCAAAUGCGUCAGCUAGCAUAUGCUGCUGCAGAAAGUAUCCUUGUCACCACUGAAACAUGGAAGGUACAUUACUACUGACCACAAAGACACAGGAACAGUCCUGCAGCUUUUGCUCCAGAACAGCAAGAUGUGAUACAGCUGGACACUGGCAAAGGGAAAAGGCUUUGAGGAAAGGACUAAUGUCUUCACGGGAGCAGUUGAAUACAAGAACUAAUUCCUUUCAGAGACAUCUUUGAGAUACUAUCUUACAUCAUCUUGUGCAGGUCUGCUUGGGUGCGUGGGGUUUUGUUGUGAGGCAGUUUUUUGUGAUUGUGGGAGAGUUGUGCAGGAGGCCUCUUAUUAAAAAAACCAAACUUGCCAAAUAUAUUUGUCACAUUUCUUACCACAGUAAACUUUCUGCAAAUAGCUUUUCACUUAUACACCAUGGCCUCAUCCCAAGAUUUUCCUCCAAAAAGAGAUACCACAUUGUGUUUUGGCUACAGAAUAAGUUUUAUGUUUCAUAUUUAUAAUUUUUCUUUUUAAAAAGUGAGCAUUUGGACAAAUACAGACUUUCUUGAAGUAAGUUUAAUCAAAAGUUCUUUGUUCAGAAUGUCUGGAAGGAAUGUGAUGACCAUUUUCUCUCCCUCUCUUUUUCCUUGCUUUCAUGAGUAUUUGCUGUAUUCUCAGCCCUCGCCACAGUCAGCAUUGCUCUGUCUGUCAGAAAUUUCAAUUGAAUGUGUUGCUCUGACAUAUAAAACUGUACAAAACUCAUGAUGUUUUGUCUUUUUACACAGCCUGCCUUCUAGUCACUAGAGGGCAAUGUCUCUCUGAAGCACAAACACCGAUCCAGGUUCUUGCUCUUGAAAUCAGCAUCUUGUUGUUAUCGAGCUGAGUCAAAUGAUCUCGAUUGAUUUAAUGCUCCAUUCUCUUGCCAAAAAGGAGAGAAGAGACCAUGGGGGAGCUUUCUAAUAAAUAGCAAGACUUGGGUAAAAAGUCUCUAAAUUCUGGAAGCUACUCUAAGAGCCAGAAUAUGGAUUUAUUGUUUCUGAUGAUCUUACAGUAAUUCCCAACAGCCUUCGAAUGGGAAAGCACCAACAAGCAAAGUGCAGGCAGAGUUCUGGGAAGGAGGGAACUUGCAGGAGUAGCCACUGCCCUGCUCCAUUAGGGCCCUGCCCUCUCUCCAUGGGGCAAGGCCGUGACUCCCAUGUGUGCCUACCCCUUAGACUCCUCUGCCUCCCUCUUCUUUUCUCCCUCCUCCAGAAAAAAAGAAAAAAUAAAA